GAGUGCCAAAGGAUUUGAAAUGGAAUUUCGAAAUAUAACUUCGUCAGAGCCCCAUUUUGUAGACAAAGACACACAAGAGGUAAUGGGUACUUACCAACCUGUUUUCAUGGAAUAUUCAAUUUUGGCUGAAUACAAUGCUUUAAGAGACCAAUCCAAGAUUUUGCAAGAUGUAUAUGUAAUGCCUUCUGCCAAAGAACCCCUGCAUUGGUUUGGCCUUAUCUUUUUGAGAAGUGGUUACUAUGCAGGAGCAGUGUUUCGUUUUCACAUUUUCAUAGGGAAAAGUUUUCCCCAGAUUGAUGUUCCUAAUAUCGUUUUCUCUCCGCCGAUCUUCCACCCCAAAGUUGACCCGGUUUCGGGUUACAUGGAGACUCGAUCGGCUUUUGGCAAAUGGCAAGUUGGUGUGCAUCACAUCUGGCACCUACUUUUGUACAUAAAGAAAUCACUUCUCGUCAUAGAGAACCGCGAUUCAGUGAAUCAACUUGCAGCAGAUUUAUUCACACACGAUCUGGCCGAGUUUCAGACGAGGGUUACCGAAUGCAUUAUCGAAUGCAAAGACCAACUCAAUGAUUCCAACCCAUAUUCCACUGAUGCGCACUACUUGAGGUUCUCAAGUUACAAUCCCAAUAUUCACGGAACGUUUCGCAAAGCUGUAAUUGCCAAUGCCAAAUCAAGCGGUACGACUGGCAACAAAUCCCUGUCGUGGGUUAAACCCGGUUCGCUCCAACCCUGUUCUAGUCAGGAUUGAAUAAAAUGCACCGGAUUUACUACUGUGAUGCUUUCCUUCCAGCACAUUCUAGAGGUUACACUAGGCACAUGGAUGGGCAGCCUGUAUCCCACUGACUCUACGUCUUCCACAUAUAAACGAAACAGCGCUUUUCCCAUCUUGUUCCUCGCCUAAACAGUGGAGCCUGCAUAUUUGAAGAAUUCAUUUUUUUUCCUUUACUAAAGUAUAGUACGCAUUAUGAAUGCCUUAAGAUCCCUCAUUUCCUGCAAUGCGAACAAAUAAACGUUGUCUUAUUGUUAA